AUGUCCGGCGACGAGGAUAUUCCAACGACGCCAAGCACUGACGGAGAGGCUCUCGCAACGCCUGGCAGCCCCGAAGUAACUCCUACCUCCACAAACAAAGAGGCAACCAUCCGAAAGCCGCGAACACUUCCACAAUCCGAUUGGCGCUUCGCUUUCGGACCGGAGAAAUGGUAUUGGGUGCGCAUCGGCGACGCUUGGAGAUUCGUAUGGUCGAACAACAGUGACUGGAACGACAUAGGCAUACGAGAACCUUCAUGGGUAGCGUACAAGCACACCACUGGCUUUUUGAUCGGCGGCGAUGACGAAGAUGGAGAACCUAAGAUCGUUCAUAACUGA